AUGGCAGGACCUAAAAUCGCCUGUAUAGGUAUCAUUGGCAAAUCAGACAAUCCUCUCCACAUCUCCCUCUUCCCUCCAUAUACAGAUUCCACAAUUGAAUUCUCCUUCCUCCUAAACUCAUGCCUCGACAUUUUCGAAAUCCGACGCAAGCACACAUCUAUCGACCAAGACCUCGGUCUACUACAAGCGAUUGAUGAGAGGCUAGCAGCUUACGGCUGGCUUACGACAACGGGCGUGAAGCUGCUGGUCAUCGUUGAUCUAUUUGGCCAAGAGACUGCAGGUACAGGGAAACCAAUAGGCUCUGCAGUCAGCGGCUUGAGGGACGCAGAUGUCAAGCCUGCAUUUCGUUCUCUCCAGAGCGCAUACAUUCAGCUCCUUCAAAAUCCUUUCUAUUCCCCAGAUGAUCACGCUCCUGCUCCAGGAUCAGCAGCUAGCGCAGCAGCUAAUUCCUUGCCUAUCUCCAACCCCAAGUUUAUCGCCGAAGUUCAGCGUAUUGGCGAAACGUGGGUGCCCGGUGCUACUGCAUAG